AAUGUCUGAAUACUGAAAUCACUGAAUUACAGCGUGACUCACACACACUCCCAGACACACACUUACAGGAAACUAAACCACUGAGAGCUUGACAUCUUACAACAAAACGUCUCACAGACCACCGUGAAAAUGAUGAUAAACUUCACAUUAAUUCUCCUCUUCUAUUUAAUCUUCAUCUUCUCCUCUGGUAAAUUUGUAUCCUCCUCAUGUAUGUACAAAGCAGUGGGUGAAAGAGUUGAGAUCUCACUGGAUAUUGGAGAAUUACCAAAGGAAAGUGACGAACUGAUGUGGACACAUAAUCAAAUCAGGGUAUAUUUCAAAAGGGGCUCAAAUGUUAAGACACGCGUUUUGGAUGUUGACCGCUAUGGAUCCUUGAUCGUGGAGAACAUUCAGAAAAAACAAUCUGGGAAAUACGAAAGCCAAGUCUACGACAAAGACGGAAAGUUAAUAAAGAAAAGCACACACCAGCUCUGUGUACAAGAGCGAGUGCCUGAACCUACAGUCAUGGUCGAGUGUGUAGCAAACGGAGUCGAUCUGAGUUGUAGUCCACUGAACAGCAGUGAGGUUCUCGUGUCCUGGAUGAGAAACGGAGAGAAGUCCAACUCGACGCGUGCCGUCUUACAUGUCAGCUCGUCUGAGCUCAAACCUGGAGACACGUUCUCAUGCACACUCACAAACAUGAUCAGCAGAUCCUCAGCUAAAGAUGUUCAGCCGAAGUGCUCUGACACAGGUUAUAGAGCACAAUUAAUCACUGUUUAUUCUCAUAAGAAGAAGAAGUUGCUGUUUGGCCUGGACUUCUGGUGGAUGCUGGUGAUCCUGACGGGAGGAGCGAGUUUCCUCCUGGUUCUCCUCAUCAUCUGCCUCGUCUGUGUCUGUCGCUGCCGCGCACGCAACAAGAGGAAGGCCACGGAGGAAGCUGAGUUUCGCCUCGUCUCUUUAAUGCCGGACUACACAGAUCAGCCUGAUGUUCAGUACAUGCAGAAAACUGAGUCCCACAGGCCGUCCAAAAGCAUGCGUCCUCUUCCACCCCUGCCCAGCUCUCACGGUCCUCCUCCUCUUCAACCCCACUGAGAGAAACACAUGGCCUUCCCGAGACUCUGAGACCAACACAACCACAGCUGGAGGAAAAA